AUGGUUCGCGGCUGCGGCGUGCCCAUGAAGGCGCUCCCCGCGCCGCAGACGUUCACGCUGCGCGAGAAGAACUGCGAGCUUCGCUACCCGCUCGAGCUGCUCUGCAGCGUCGCGUCCACGCACUGCCUCGGCUCCGUCGCGUGCCACGAGCUCAUCACGCUCAAGCACACCGCCUUGCUCUCGCUGUCCGAGGACGGCUGGGCGAAGAUCGAGAAGGACACGCGUCUGGGCCUCCUCGCGCUCGGCCGCUCGUGGAUCGGCUGGCACGGCUUCGGCCGCCGGCUCUUCUUCCUCUACCUCAUGGACCGCGCGCGGGCCGCGCGGCACGGCGUCGCGGGCAUCGCGGCCGAGGAGUUCGACCCCGACAAGCUCACCGAGUACCAGACCUCGCUCGGCUACCACCUCUGCCUCGCGCUCACGCCCAAGUACGUCAAGGUGUUCAAUUGCAAGAACCGCCUGAAGAGCUGCGAGUUCGUCAACGACGGCGACGCCGAGAUCGCGCAGCUCGCCGGCCGGUCCGCGCUCCUGUGCGCGCGCGAGUUCGUCGCGCACUGCCUGCAGAUCUACGUGCUCCACGAGGAGGCGACGACCGCCACGACGCAGGACUACAAGUACCUCAUCAUCUUCCCGCUCGGCGCGCGCGCGCGCGGCGGCCCGCAGCUGAUCGGCGUGAUCUUCUUCCUGCCGUGCGACGUCGCGGACCUCGACAUGGCGACGCCGCGCGGCGUCCGCAUCCUCGGCCUCGUCGCCGCGGGGCUGCAGAGCUUCGGCCUGCCCUUCAAGGGCGUCGUCAUCCACGACUUCGCCGACGUCAUCUUCUCCGCGCUCACGGCGCCGGCGUACUCCGAGGUCAACUGCGAGGCGUCCGGCGUCCUCUCGGGCACGAUGGACAUCACCUCGUCGCUCAUGCGCUACGAGUCGAGCCACUUCAAGGUCACGCGCAACGCCGUCGGCGAGUACCUCGUGACGAUCCGGGGCGUCGACGUCGGCACCGGCGAGGUGCGCUACGCCGAGGACUACCCGUCGGACCUCAUCAACGCGGACCUCGUCGUCGCGGACGUCAAGUCCUACCUGCUCUUCAACCACGCGGCCAAGGCGCCGGCCGAGGAGCGCGAGAGCGUCCAGGUCGAGGGCAUGGCCAAGUGCGUCAAGUCGCUGCGCCGGCCGCUCCAGGAGUUGGUCGACGCCCUCUACCGGAGCCGCGUGCGGGCCAUGCCCAAGGCGCCGGCGGAGCACGCGGGGUCGACCUUCGAGGAGAGCAUCCAGGGCCUCUUCCGCGAGCUGCCGUUCUGGCACAAAAAGCACCCCAUGCACGACAAGCGCGGCACGAAGAUGAUGCGCAUGUACAAGUCGAAGGUCGUCGGCAUCGCGCCCAUCUCGUCGGACGCGUGCGCGCGGCGCUGGUGCGAGACGGUCAAGGCCGACGAGAAGGCCACGAGGACCUGGCACUGGCAGAGGGGCCGGACGCUCGCGGACAUCAAGUCGCGCGUCCAGUUCUUCUGGAAGGACCCCAACGCGAACCCGCCGGAGCCCCUGGAGGCCGUGCCGCAGCCCACGGAGCUCCUCGACGACGACCUCGACUUCCUCGACGACGACUUCGCCGCCGCGUCGCGCGACAUCGUCAGCGGCUUCUGGAAACAAUCCUGCAUCUUCUCGACGGGGUCCUCCGGGAGCUCCUUCGUGUCGCCCACGGGGUCGAAGCCCUUCUCCGGCUCCGGCUCCGGUUCGCCGGCGCGCGCGCCGGCGUCGUCGGCGUCCGCCAUCUCGUCGCUGCCGCUCGUUCCCUGGAUGACGUCGGGCGCGCCGGACCCGUCGUCGAUGAAGUCGUCCAGGGCUCGCGACUCGCAGCUCAGCCUGGACACGAUGGACGACGAGCGCGAAUCGCACCCCGAGCUCGCGGCGACGAGCACGAAGGAGGCGACGGCCACCGGCGCCCGCGUCGUCACCGUCGCCACGGGCUCCGUGGCAAGCGCAGCGUCGCCGGACGGUCCGAAGCGCAGCGUGGGCUCGUGCUCCCCGAAGGCGUCCCCGGCGGCCGUGAGCCGGAGCGUGAGCGACGAGUCGGCCCCGGAGCCCGACAAGGAGUACAGCGAGCACAUCGCGCUCAUGACCGAGGCGAUCGAGGCGCCCAAGGAGUACGUGAAGCCGACGAGCGAGGUCGCGGGCGCCGUCCAGGACUACAUGGCCGCGAUCCGCGCGCAGAUGGAGGCGGGCCUGCCGAACAACAAGAAGAGCUGA